AUGCUAGCUCCCAAAAACUUAUCGUUUGCCAUGAUCGGGUUUUUACUUGUGGCUUCCACGACAGGCUUUGGCUACAUGAACACGAUCAGUUCUAUGGAAACAAGGGGCCUUCCAUUCCACGAUCCAAGUGGCUCCUUCCCGAUAUGUGUCUUGCAAGCCCAAGUCCUGACACCCAUCUGUAUCGACGAGACGCAUGUCACGCAGAUGCCUCCUCCAGAGAAGAAGUUCUUCGCCAUCUCUGGUGGAGCUCGGUUUACCUGUGGACUUGACUAUGGCUCUCGCUUUCCACUGUGCUGGGGUAAGCUCCAGGUCCCAGCUCUUCUCCAAAACGUUAGCUACACGAGUUUGAGCUCCGGUGCAAAUCACUGCUGCGCCAUCCGGAGCAAUGACAGUAGAGUGGACUGCUGGGGAGAGGAGCUAGCGAUUGCCCUUUUGGAGGACGAAAGCCUGGUAUCUGUGUCUUCCGGGGUGGAUUUUUCUUGCGGGGUGACGCAAGAUGGAGAAGUUCUGUGCUGGGGAUACGUGCCGGAUCAAGUUCCACAGCCCAAAAACGAGAUUUUUACGUCGGUGUUCGUGGGAGGCUAUACGAUCUGCGGGGUGACGAGCUCCACAGGGGAAACACUUUGCUGGGGGCAGGACUCGUCGGCUUUCGUGGUUCCCGCUGGCUACAAGUUCUCUAGAUUAGCAGGAGGAUAUCACCACAUGUGUGGGAUACGAUCGGACAAUCACCAGGUGGUUUGCUGGGGUUUGAACAAGGCUCAGCAGCUCCAAGUUCCCAGGGACGCCACCUUUUCGGCCAUUUCGGCUGGAGACAUCUACACUUGCGGGGUCACCCGGGAUGCGAAUGCAAGGCUUCUUUGCUGGGGAAACAACGCCGUCCAGUACCGGGAGAUCGACUUGCAUGCUAGCCAGGCGGUGUGCACGAACGAGUGUGGGAAAAACCAGUAUCGGGUAAACAGGACCUCCUCUCCGCAGCAGUGCCCGUCUUUGUCUGACAAGGUGUGCUUGGAGUGCUCGGCAUGCGUCGGUGGCGACUUUGAGAUUUCUCCAUGCGGAGCGGACUCUGAUCGAAAGUGUGGCAUGAUAAUCGGCAAAAACAACUUACCAGCAAGCUUCAAUGGCCCAGGGAGGAGAAAUCCAACGGGUUUGUUCUUCAUCAUGCUGCCUUUGGUCGUCACUUUGUCGCUUGGAAUCACGUUCAUAGGAGUCUGGGCUUGUCAGGAGUACAGAGAGAAACUUGUUUCAAACAAGCAGCGGCUUAGGAAGGAAGUGAUCUCUCUAUCUUCAGUGGAACUCCGGGCAGCAACAAACAAUUACAGCGAGGAGAUGAUCUUGGGGAGAGGUGCUUUUGGGACGGUAUACAAGGGAGUGCUCCAAAAUGGCCACCAAGUUGCUGUAAAGCGAGCAAAUUCUUCCAGCUCGCAUGAGAUGUUUGACAAGAAACUGGAGCUCCUUGGGAGAGCUCACCACUCUUGCCUGGUAAACCUCAUGGGCUACUGCCAGGAAGACAAGCUUCUUGUCUUCGAGUUCAUGGCCAGAGGCACACUUCUCGAGAACAUCUCUAGCUGCGAAUGGAUAAGCCGUAUGAGAAUCGCGGCACAGGCUGCGCGGGGGCUCGAGUAUCUCCACAGGUAUGCGUCGCCAAGCAUGAUUCACAGGGAUGUCAAGACUGCAAACAUACUCCUCGACCGUGACUGGAACGCUCACGUCUCCGACUUUGGCUUGGCACUGUGUGGACCUCAAGGCAGCGCGACACACCUGAGCAACAUGACAAUCGUCGGCACGCCAGGCUACUUGGAUCCAGAGUAUGGCCUCUCCUCCAAGAUCACAGCCAAGGGCGACGUCUACAGCUUUGGAGUGGUUCUCCUGGAGCUGCUCUCCGGCCAGAAGCCGGUGGAUCCGUCGAGAAAGUUUCAGAGCCUGGUGGCUUGGGUGCUGCAUCUGGUGGAACGCAGGGAGUGGAGCUCGGUGCUGGAUCCGAGCUUGCCAGCGCCUUUGCAACCAGAGCCGCUCUAUCGCGCGGUGAAGCUGGCUUUAGAGUGCUCCAAGUUUGCGAGCAAGCAGAGGCCAUCUAUGACGCUGAUCGCGGAGAGGCUCGAGGAAAUCGUGGAAGCUAUGGCUGGAACUCCUCUUCUUUCCAUCUCCUCCUAG